AUGGCUACUUUGCGGCGGCUGGAGGACCAGGUCUUUGCUGCUUGUCGGAAGGGCCCGGCCAAUGUUGGCGUCUUGGAGGAGGGCUGGACGCGCUGCGCCUUCGUGAGCGGCCUGCAGCCGCGGGCGGAGGCUUUGCAGCGCCAGCGGGCCAGCCUGCCGCUGCCCGGCGAGGCCGCCGCCGCGGCGGCGGAAGCGCGGGCCGCGCGGGUGGCUCAGGAGCGCGAGGAGCGGAAGGCCUUGCUUGAACGAGAGGCAGAAGCUCAGCAGGAGGCAGAGGAUCAGCUGCAGCAGCAAAAGAUGCAGGCCAAGACCUCUGCGCAGGCGGCGGCGCACGGGGAGCUGCAGGCCCUGAGGAGGCGACUCUUGGAGAAGGAAGCCCAGCAGCUGCAGCAGCUGCAGGUGCUGCGGCAGCAGGUGGAGGCCGAGGAGCAGCUCCAGCAGCAGCUGGCUGAGGGGGAGCUGCAUGAGGAGGAGCACCAGGACUUGCAGCGGCUCACGGAGCAGCGGGCCGAGGCCAGCCGCCAGCGCGCCCAGGAGCUCCAGCGAGAGUGGGAGGUGCAGUCAUUCCACCGGCAGCUGGAGCACACUGAGCAGAGUGCGGCCGAGCUGGAACGUGACCGGAAGAUGGUGGCGGCAGCUGCAGAGAAAGUGCGGCAGGAGGACUUGCAGAGCGAGAUGCAGAGGCGCCAGCUGCAGCGGGCGCUGGCGGGGGAGCUGGAGCGGCUGAUGGCGCAGCAGGCGGAGCGACGGGAGCAGCUGGCUCGCGAGCAGCAAGCUGCAGUGGACCGCGCGAGUGUAGAGCAGCGUGAGAAAGCUUCCUUUUGGCAGCGCUUGGCACAGGAGCGCUGGGCCGCGGAGUCGGCGCGCGGCGCGGCACUGCAACGCCUCCAGCAGCAGCUCCGAGGGCAGCAAAACGGCGCCCAGCGCCUGGCCAGGUUGCAGGAGCUGCUGCGUGAGGAGGAGGCUUUAGCUCGCCAGCGCGACCAAGAGGAAGCGGCGCUGCGGCGCCGCCUGGAGGCCCGCGCCAAAGCCGCGCAGGCUGCGCAGGACGGCAUCCGGGCACUUGAAGCAAGAGCUAGAGCGCAGCAGGCUGAAGAGGACGAGUGGCGCCGGCGAUUCGUGGAGCAACGCGCGGAGGAGGAGCGGCUGGAGCAGAUGGGGCAGCAGAAGCGCCGCAUGCGGCUGCUGGCCUUCCGGCGUGAGGCGCAGCAGCAGCUGGACGAGCGCCGCGCAGCUGCGGCGAAAGCGGCGCUGCAGCGCCUGGAGGAGUUGCGCGCGGAGCAGCGCGAGGAGGAGGACCGGUGCCGCAUCGUGGAGGAAGAGAGGCGCCGGCUGUUGGCGGAGCACGCGCGCGGCGGCCUUCUGGGGUAUCGUAUCUUGUGCCGAUCGUGUGCGUGUGGUCAGUCCGCACCAACAUUUUGCUCAAAGCAAGUCCAAGGAGAGCUUUUCAAUCUUCAGGAAGCGGAGCUUUUGGAUUCGAUGGAGUCAGUCCAGGAGCGAAGCCGAUGGGUGCUGCGCAACACUUUCAUGGAGCUCGUGGAAGACGGUUCCCCUGGAUUUUCCAGCGGCGCUCUGAUUCGGGCAAGCUCCGACUCAGUGCUCUACGAAGGCUACUCUCCCAAUCCAGCCGAUGAGACGCCGAAGCGAUCUGCGCCACCUGAACCCAAAGAGGCGGUGGAGGAUGGCCACAUCGAGUUUGAAAUGAAUGGCUGGAGCGACACGGAGACGAACCCUGACACACAAGAGCGUCAGAAGCCGCUGCCAUGCUAUUCCCACAUCCAGGACUUUCCCAGCGGUGAAAGCACCCCGCUGUGCACCGCUUUGCCAGGAGAGGAGGAGAAUGACUGCUGCGUCGCUCGUACUCCCAGUCCCAGAGGCAUGGACUGGCAGCCGAGCGACUUUUGCGAGGUGCCUUUUAAGGAGGAAGAGUUCAGGCCCGAUCCACUCCCGGGGGUGGCGCCCCCGUCCGCAUCUUCCGAAACACCGGCUGACAAGGCUGCUUCGAAACAGGAUCUGCAGCGCUUGGCAGCGGAAGUGGCGCGUUUGGCACAGGAGAACGAACUACUUCGCCAGCAGGUGCUUCAUCAGGAUCAGCAUGAGGAGAUGAAGAGCGAGGCUGUGACAUCUACGCCUGAGAACAUGAGCUGGGUGUUCAUGCCGGUGAAUUUCAUGCAGCCGUCGCACCAGGAUGCCAUGGAUUCUUGGAGCUCUGCGCAACAGGACCAGAUGCGCAAGGACAUGGAUGCAAAGAUGAUGGCUCGGCGUCGCCGCUACAGAGGUCGGGAAGGCGAGCUGGAGGCCCAGAGCGCGGGACAGACCGGAACGGAGUCCCUGAAUUUGGGCAAGCUUCGGUCUUCCAACAUGUCCGUUCGGCCUGCGGAGUGUGAUCUUCCGCUGGAGGAGUGCACCACUGUGAUGCUCCGCAACCUGCCAAAUAAUUACACGCGGGCAAUGCUGCUGGCUAUGCUUGACAACGAGGGCUUCGAGGGGAAGUACAACUUCCUCUAUUUGCCCAUCGAUUUUCAGUCACGGGCCUGCCUAGGUUACGCGUUUGUGAACCUGGUGGACCCCUCGUUCGUUCCGAACUUUUGGGAGAAGUUCAGUGGAUACUCCAAGUGGGUGUUGCCGAGCAAGAAGGUUUGUGGAGUGAGCUGGAGCGGACCGCACCAGGGGCUGGAGGCCCAUGUUGAGCGGUACCGCAACAGCCCCGUCAUGCACGAAAGCGUGCCUGACGAGUACAAGCCCGUGAUUCUGCAGCACGGCCUGCGCGUGGCCUUCCCGGAGCCCUCCAAGGCACCUCGGCCGCCAAGAAUUCGUCAGCACCACCACUCCUCCGACGGCAAGGUGCGUGCGACGCCAGCGAUGACACCCCGCGAUGUCUGAGAAAGCCCACGUGCGCAGGCUGGCUGGCAUGGACGACAGUUUCUGAGCUCCGAUCCGUCCAGGACUCCCUUGGCUGUCGGGGCCCUGCCUCCGGGCUCCGUGAGCCGCAGCUAGCGACGGACAGGGCACCGCGCCAGGGCGAGCGGCGUGCCCGGGGCUCCGGCCGCCGGCCGCGUCCGGGGGUUCCGAAGGCCCGGCUCCUCCCCUUGGGGGUUUGGUUU